AUGGCACGCAGAGCGAGUCUUCAAGGCUCGCAGGCUGCCCCGCCACUAACCUCACGCAACAUCAGCCAAGGUCUAGCUCUGCUUACCAACCUCGACCAGCAACGCCAAGCCAAGAGAGCACGAUACUCAACCGUACGCGCGGAAGAACCCGAUGAAAACCUUGACUCCACAAGCCCAAUCUACGACGCCUUCGUCGACGACCAAGGACCUGAUGGUAUUCUGACAAUGACCAACUUCAGCCCGUCUGAGUUCAACAUCUUGUGGGCGGACAUUCGGCAAUACCUUUCGAAGCAUUGGAACACUGGUUCGGGGCGCAAAUCCGAGGUCACUGGCCGUGACUUACUGCUGAUGAUGUUGACGUCACUUAAGCACUGUGGCUCAUGGGACAUCGUUGCCGCUGUGUUCAAACAAAAGAGUGCUACCUUUCAGAAGCGUGUGUUGACAUAUAUUGGGGUUCUGCAUCCCUUUUUCAUGCGCAAAUACGUUGCCGUGCCUGCCGACAAAUGGACGAUGUCGCAGCUAGCUCCCAACGGGGAUCGCUUCACCAACUAUCCCUAUGCUCGCUAUGCAACGGACGUUACCUUUCAACAAACGAAUGUCCCUGCCGGAAGCUAUGCUGAGAAGAAGUCGUAUUACAGUGGCCAACACUCGCUCUAUGGGCAUAAGGUGGAAGUGUCGGUGCUUCCGAACGGGCUUGCAAUCAAUUGCACCAAGCACUACAAAGGCAGCGUUGCUGAUAAGUCCAUUUUCGACGACAGCUUGGAAUUCCACGCGAAUGGCCUUGCCAAAUAA